GCAUUGAACUCCAGAAUCUCCUGUUUACUCCUUGCAGGCUACUUCAAGUCGGGUAGGAACAGUCAUCUGAUUCUCUGACAAUGAUGCAGAGAAGCAUCUUGGAAGUCGUGGAUGCGCAUAGUACCCUAACAGCAUGCACCUGCCGUGUCAAGAAAUACACAGAUGUACUGGCAGUCAAUAAGUUUUCAGAGAGGUCGUGAAAAGGCAAAAGGGUGAAAUCAAUUGGGAUCUGACAGCACUUACCCUGACUCCUGUGGCUCAUGGGGCGCCCCGUUUUCCGGUGGCUAAUAACUAUCCUUUUCCUCAGGUGUUUUCUGGUCCAGGCCUCUACCGUUGCGGCACUCAGUGGGUCGGAUGCAAUUGACCCGAAUGUUGAUGAACUCUCAGUGACACCUAAGCUGUGUGCGAUUGGGAGCUGUGAACGAAAUUGCAGAUCCCGUGGUGUAAGUUAUUCUUUCCGCCAUGAGGUGUGAAGAAGUGUUUUGCGGGUUAUGGUGUCAAACUUGAAAUUGUCGCUGCCAAGGACGUAGCCAAGAUAUGGUAGGGCCCGCCGUGAAAGGAACCACAGGAAUUCUGUGGCCCAUGCUUCAGUUCGGGUAGAUUGUGGAGUCGCCGUAUCGAACAGCGGGUACUAAACGUUGAACCAUACUCGCAGUGAAUCUAUCAAGCGCAUUGUG